GCUCCGUCGGAGGCUUGAGAGUGUUACACUGCACCACACUACCGGAUCGAAAGGAGAAGAAAAAGCGCGAUUAACAAUGGCUGAGGUCAAAUCCCGAAUGACCCAAGAGGAGAAACAGGUGCUGCAGCAGUUUUUGGGAAGUACGCAACUGAGCCUUCUCUAUAAGGCAACUGUGCACGGGUACAAUGCUACCACAUUUCAUAACAUAUGCAACCGACAAGGCCCAACUGUAGUUGUGGCAUACAAUCGAAGUGGUUACAUUUUUGGAGCCUUUACUGCUCAGAGUUAUAGUUCAUCUGGGCAAUAUCUACAUGAUGAGAAAGCUUUCCUCUUUAGGUUAAAAGAGAGAGAGAUGGAGCCCAGUCCAAUAAAAAUGACAUUUUCAGCUGCCAAUCAGGCUGUAUAUGACCAUGCUGUUACUGGCCCUAAUUUUGGGGCUGGAGCACUUGUAUUCCUGAAUCAAAAUACUGCAGUAGUGCAAACCAAUCCUAACAUCACCAACUACACAUUCCGUGCAGAUGAAUUGCAUGGAAAUGACCAGAAUCUUGUGGAAUGUGAGGUGUAUCGAGUGGAAGAUCUUUGUAAUAUGCUGGAAAAUCCAUGGAGAAAGGUUGAAUGGACAGUUGGGGAAAGAGAAAAACUGAUGGACCAAAUAAGGACUUUCAAGCCUUGCUUGAGUUCAGUGCCACACUAUCGGGUCCUGUUCCUGGGGCCAGUUGGAGCAGGGAAGUCCAGCUUUUUCAACUCCGUGAAUUCUACUUUUCGGGGCCAUGUGAGAAGCCAAGCCAUAGCAGGGUCAGAUUCGACAAGUGUGACUACUGAGUACAGGACCUAUCAAGUUAAAAAUGGAGGAGAUGGCAAGCCACUGCCCAUCACGUUCUGUGACUCCAUGGGACUAGAAGAGAAACAUGGAGCAGGUCUAGAUAUUCACGAUGUGCCCAACCUAAUAAAAGGCCAUGUUCCAGAUAGGUAUCAGUUUAAUCCAUCUGCUGUUAUACACCCAAAUGUGCCAGGAUACAUCAAAAACCCAGCAUUGAAAGAUGAGAUUCACUGUGUUGUGUUUGUUAUUGAUGGGUCCAGGGUUGAGAUCCUGCCUGAAAAGCUGGAAGAAAAGCUGAGAGAAGUUCGACGACAAAUCAACAAAUUUGGUGUUCCACAGCUCGUAAUUCUAACUAAAGUUGAUGAAAUUUGCUGUUCUCUGGAGGGAAAUGUUUCAAAUGUGUACAGAAGCAAAGCUGUUGAGGAGAAGAUGCAGUUAAUAGGAGAAAAGCUCGGCAUCCCUCUGUGUCAAAUAGUUCCUGUUAAGAAUUAUUCUUCCGAGAUAGACCUCAAGGAUGAUGUUGAUACCUUGAUACUCAUGGCUGUGAGGCAGAUGCUGCGUUUAGCCGAAAGCUACCUUGAUAAUUUCCCUUUGAACAAAAGUUCCAUGGACUCUCCCUCCUAAUUUUAUAUGUUUAUUGAAGGUAGUGAGAUUUCUAGUUUUGGGUUGUUGUUUUUAAAGAGAAAUGGUCAAGUUGAUUCUGAUUAUGAGCAAGUGCUGCUCUAGAACAGAUGAAUCGAUGAAUCUCGUUCUGAGCAUUAAAUGCAAAUGACCUGAUUAGCUACUGUUGCAUUGUUUAGUAUUUCACUUUUUCUGGGUUUCCUAGUUGGAGUAACACUGUCCAAAUACACUGAUAUUCUUCUAGUGGUUUGCUAGUUUUGGA